AUGGUAUCUGAUUGGCUUUAUCGAGAAGGAAAGGAGCGUAACAAACCUGCGCAGGUGUCCACAGGUGCACAGCCUUGGAAAUGUUCUUCUAGUGAUGCAACCAGACCGAAAAGGAUUCACUGUGAUCUCGGGACCAACUAUACAGGCCAUCAGGUCACCUUCGCCUCCAUCUUCAAGUUCGAGUUUCGAGCUUGUCAUCACCCUACAUUCGUACACUCCGCUCCAUGGGGCUUGGAUUUUAUUUCCGCUACGAACCACGGUCCAUAG